AUGACUCGUCCUUUCAGAUAUCUCGGCGAGCUCAACUCGUCUUCCUCCGACUCACCUGACUCUGCCGUCGUUGACUCCGAUUUCGUCGUCAUCCUCGCCGCUCUCCUCUGCGCUCUUAUCUGCGUUCUAGGUCUCGUCGCCGUCUCUCGCUGCGGCUGUUUCCGUCGCUUACGUCUCCCUUCCCCCGCCCUCGCUUCUCAAACUACACCUCCUGCUGCAGCUAACAAAGGCGUCAAGAAGAAAGUUCUGAAAUCUCUUCCGAAGGUUACAGCGACGGAAGAAUCCGCAGUGAAAUUCUCCGAUUGCGCUAUUUGUCUGAGCGAAUUCGCCGCAGGAGAUGAAAUCCGUGUGUUACCUCAGUGCGGACAUGGCUUCCACGUGUCAUGUAUCGAUGCGUGGCUCAGAUCUCAUUCUUCGUGUCCGUCUUGUCGUCAGAUUCUGGUAGUUUCUAGAUGCGAUAAGUGCGGCGGAAUCCCCGCUCCCGCAACUAACGCCGCCGGAUCCAGCUCUACGCCGGCGCCGGAAUCUGAAGUUAGGUUAAAGGUAACGGAAGCCGAUGGGAACAGUUUCUUGCCUUAG